AUGGCAACUCUUCAAGACAUUGGUGUCUCAGCAGCUAUCAACAUACUCUCAGCCUUUGCAUUCUUGUUAGCAUUUGCUUUGCUAAGAAUUCAACCAAUCAAUGACAGAGUUUAUUUCCCUAAAUGGUAUAUUAGUGGUGGCAGAAGCAAUCCAAGAAGCUCUGCAAAUUUUGUUGGAAAAUUUGUUAAUCUUAAUUUCAAGACUUAUUUGACUUUUCUUAAUUGGAUGCCUCAAGCUUUGAGAAUGAGUGAGACUGAAAUUAUUAAUCAUGCUGGUCUUGAUUCUGCUGUUUUUCUCAGAAUUUACACUCUUGGCUUAAAGAUGUUUAUUCCGGUGACAAUUGUGGCACUCCUCAUUCUUAUUCCAGUCAAUGUAUCAAGUGGGACAUUAUUUUUCCUAAGAAGAGAAUUGGUCGUGAGUGAUAUCGAUAAACUCUCGAUAUCAAAUGUUCCGCCUAAAUCUUUAAGAUUUUUUGUUCACAUAGGAUUGGAAUACAUGUUAACAAUAUGGAUUUGUUUUCUGCUCUACAAGGAGUAUGAUAAUGUAGCUUUAAUGAGAUUGCAUUUCUUGGCCUCACAACGCAGGCGUGUAGAGCAAUUUACGGUAGUUGUCAGGAAUGUCCCUCAUAUUUCUGGUCACUCGGUAUCAGAUAGUGUGGACAGCUUCUUUAAAACAAACCACCCAGAUCAUUAUAUUGGACACCAGGCUGUCUACAAUGCAAAUAGAUUCGCUAAAUUUGUGAGAAAAAGAGAUAGACUUCAAAAUUGGCUGGACUAUUACCGGAUCAAGUUUCAGAAACAUCCUGAUACAAGGCCAACUGUCAAGACUGGAUGUUUAGGGCUUUGGGGUAGGAAAGUUGAUGCUAUCGAGUACUAUGACCAACAUGUUAAGGAACUUGAUAAACUGAUGACAUUGGAGCGCCAGAAAAUUAUAAAAGAUCCUAAAUCUAUUUUGCCAGUGGCUUUUCUUUCAUUCAAUUCACGUUGGGCAGCAUCAGUAUGUGCACAAACCCAACAAAGCAAAAAUCCUACACUUUGGUUGACCGAUUGGGCUCCAGAGCCACGUGACAUAUAUUGGCAAAACUUGUCCAUACCAUUUGUUUCUUUAACUGUCCGUAAACUUGUAAUAACGUUGUCGGUGUUUGCCUUGGUAUUCUUCUACAUGAUUCCCAUUGCUUUUGUUCAAUCCCUUGCAAAUUUGGAUGGUCUUGAAAAAGUUGCUCCUUUCCUCAGACCAGUGAUAGAGUUGAAAUUCAUCAAGUCCUUUCUACAAGGUUUUCUUCCUGGUUUGGCCCUUAAAAUAUUUUUAUAUAUUCUACCAACAGUUCUGAUGAUUAUGUCAAAAAUUGAGGGAUAUAUUGCAUUAUCAACUCUCGAGCGGAAAACAGCAGCAAAAUAUUAUUACUUUAUGCUGGUGAAUGUUUUCUUGGGAAGCAUAAUAACUGGAACUGCAUUUGAACAACUGCAUGCUUUUCUUCAUCAGUCACCUACACAAAUUCCUAGAACAAUUGGAGUUUCCAUUCCAAUGAAGGCUACCUUCUUUAUAACUUACAUAAUGGUUGAUGGCUGGGCUGGAAUUGCUGGUGAGAUUCUCAGAUUAAAGCCAUUGGUUAUAUAUCAUCUUAAGAACAUGUUCAUAGUUAAAACCGAGAGAGAUCGAGGAAAGGCCAUGGAUCCAGGGAGUGUGGAGUUUCCCGAAACUCUUCCGAGCCUUCAACUAUAUUUCCUUCUUGGUAUUGUGUAUGCUGUGAUGACUCCAAUCCUUCUUCCUUUCAUACUUGUCUUCUUCGCCUUUGCAUAUUUGGUUUACCGUCAUCAGAUAAUCAAUGUCUACCAUCAACAAUAUGAAAGCGCUGCUGCAUUUUGGCCACAAGUUCACAGCCGCAUCAUCGCAAGCUUAAUACUAUCCCAGAUUCUUCUGUUUGGCUUGCUUAGCACAAAAAAGGCAGUGAAGUCUACACCUUUGCUUAUAAUGUUACCAAUAUUGACAUUUGCAUUUCACAAGUACUGCAAGAGACGUUUUGAGCCAGCAUUUAGGAAGUACCCUGUUGAGGAAGCAAUGGCUAAGGAUAUACUAGAGAAAACCACAGAACCUGACCUAAACAUAAAGGCAUAUUUAGCAGAUUCUUACUUGCAUCCAAUCUUAAGAUCGUUCGAAGUUGAAGAAGAGGAACUGGUUGAACUAGAAACGGUUGAAGUAAGAGUAGAUAAACACCAAACUCAUCAUGUUGCUAGUCCAAUAUUGAGUGAGCCUGGUUCACCUUCACCACCACAUCAUGUCCAUCAACACCAACAUCAACCUUCACCACCUCAUUACAAUGACUACCCUUUACCUCCUGAGUAUUAUUACCAUCCUACCUCCCCUACUCAUUAUGCCUAUCAAUAUCAAAAUCAACCUUGAAUUGAGCUAAUUCUUAUCAGUUACAAAGUUGCAUAAGACCCUUAUUAGUGUUUUUCUUUUUAAUUUUUAUUGACUUAGAUGUGUUUUGUCCAUUUACCUAUUGCAAUUGUAAAUUAUCAUUAUUUUUUUCUUGAUGUAAAUGUUAUGGCUUCUUUUUAACAAUGAGGUGGUUAAAGUAGGAAGAUUUCACUUGAUCAAGUUGGUGGAAA